AUGGAAAGCAAAGAAAUGGGCAGAGUAUGUGUAACAGGAGGAACAGGAUUUGUUGGAUCAUGGCUCAUUAUGAGGCUUCUUCAACAUGGUUAUUCUGUAAACAUGACGAUUCGAUCUCAUCCAGAUAGGAAGAGAGAUAUUAAGUACUUGACAAACCUAGAAGGUGCAUCAGAGAGGCUUCAAAUUUUCAAUGCUGAUAUCAACAAACCACAAAGUUUUGCUGCAGCAAUUGAAGGAUGUGUGGGAGUUUUCCAUCUAGCUCAGCCCAUGGAUUUUGAAAAGGAAGAAGUCGAUGAAACGAAGGUAAAAAGUGUCAUUACGGCAACAUUGGCGAUUUUACAAGCGAGUGUUGAUUCAAAGACAGUUAAGCGAGUCGUAUAUACUUCUAGUGCUGCUGCUGUUAUAUUUAAUGAUAAAGGCUUAGACAUAUUAGAUGAAAACUCUUGGAGUGACGUUGAUUUCAUCAAAAUUGCAAAGACAUUUAUGCCAAGUUAUUCGACGUGCAAGACAUUAACAGAGAAAGCAGCAAUUGAAUUUGCAGCAAAAAAUGGACUUGAACUAGUUUCUGUAGUUGCUCCUUGGGUACAUGGACCCUUCAUAACUCCUCAUUGUCCAUCAACUGUUCGAUUUUUUUUGGACCUGAUAUUUGGAAAUUGCAAAGGUGUGCUAGAACAACAAAAGUACAUACCUUUUGUACAUGUAGAUGAUGUGGUGAAUGCACAUAUCUUUCUUUUUGAGCAUUCAAAUGCAAAAGGAAGAUAUAUUUGUUCUUCUGGAGAAACAACAAUAUAUCAACUCUCCAAAUUUCUUUCAGCCAAAUACCCGCAAUAUCAAAUACCAAUUAUAGAAGGUUCAAUGGAGGGCCUAAAAUAUCCCAGACUUUCAGUAAAAAAGCUCUUGGACACUGGAUUUAAGUUUAAGUACUAUGGACAAUUAGAGGAAAUGUAUGAUGGAGCAAUUGAAUGUUCCAAAAUAAGAGGGCUGCUCUAGUCUUUUAAUUAGACCUCUGAUAAUUAAUAUGGAAGAAUUAUAGGUCUAUGUUUUCAUGUAUCCCUAAUAAUGUUUAAGAGAUUUGUAUUUU